UAUAUAUAUAUAUUUGUGGCAAAGAAUGACUUCAGUCACAUUGAAAAAGAACUACCGAGGGGUUCAGUCUCUGCAACAAUUUUACUCAGGCGGGCCCUAUACCGUCUCUUCAGAUGGAUCGUUCAUUGCUUGUGCAUGCAAUGACACCAUAACCAUAGUUGAUUCUUCCAAUGCUUCCAUUAAGUCCACCAUUGAAGGGGAUUCCGAGCCAGUUACUGCAAUUGCUCUUAGCCCUGAUGACAAAUUCCUUUUCUCUGCCAGCCACAGCCGUCAAAUUAGGGUUUGGGACCUCUCUUCUCUUAAAUGCUUGCGAUCAUGGAAGGGACACCCAGGUCCAGUAAUGUACAUGGCAUGCCAUGCUUCUGGUGGAUUGCUGGCAACUGCUGGAGCUGAUGGCAAAGUGUUGGUAUGGGAUGUUGAUGGUGGAUUUUGCACGCAUUACUUCAAGGGUCAUAAAGGGGUUGUGACUAGUGUUAUUUUUCAUCCUGAUCCCACUCGUCUGCUUCUAUUUUCUGGAAGCGAUGAUGCAACAGUACGAGUUUGGGAUCUUACAAGCAAGAAAUGCAUUGCAACUUUAGAGAGACAUCGUUCAACGGUGACUUCUAUCGCAAUAACGGAAGAUGGUUGGACUCUGUUGAGUGGUGGCCGAGAUCAGGCAUGUCUUAACUAUCUAUGUUUUGAUGUAGAUUAGUAGUAUAUAUCAACUUACUUGUUAAUAUGUUGUUGCAUACCAAUGAUAUCACCACUCACACAAUCUUGACAGAGUAGUAAUAAGCUAUUUGUUUUUAUUCUUGCCCCAGUUUGUAUAGACUUUUAGUUUGAAUUUUUUCUUAUAAAAUUCAUCACACUCGGCAGCAAUUAUAUUUUAUAGAACCUUGAGGGACAGCUCAAUUGGCAAAUAAAGGCUAGCCCCUCCCAGUCCCAUAUGUUGCCAGUUUGAGUCUCCCGAGGGCCAUUUGGGAUUAGUCGAGGUGCACGCAAGCUGACCCAGACACCCAUGUUUCCAAAAAAGAAUAUAAAGUUAUAGAGUGUUCUUUGCAUGCUUGGAAUAUUUUAUUGGAUGAAUUCUCUUGUAAGUUCACAACAUAGUUGUUAAGGUGCGCCUAGGCUCUGAGGCCCAA